GGUCUAUGAAACUCAGGCGAUAAUUUAACAGGAUAGUAACAGUGAUACAGAUGGCACAUAACGAUGGUGAACUUAUGGCCAGCGUGUUUUAUUAUAUGAGAGAGGGGUAUCCUUUUCACGCUCUUGUUGCUUUGAACGUUGCUCAUAAGAAAUAUCCGAACGAACCAUUUAUCAAGCUACUUACUAGUAUUCUACUAGUGGCAGAAGGCUCUUUACAAGAAGCGUUGAGGUGCUUCAAUGAGCUCAAGAACAGGGAGGAGUUUUCUCUUGCGUCUCUAAUAUCAAUUGAGUAUUUGCAUACGGAACUGCCCAAAAUAUACCAGGAUGUAGUAGAAGAAUGUGAGGACAGGAUAAGGGAGUUGAGAAGGCAUGCUACUGACAGAUCACUUUAUUUUGGUGCUUUAGUACUGUUUUUCUUUAAAAAAUACGACAAGGCCAGGGAAUACUCUGAAAAGGCACUUAAAAUCAAUCCGUGUUCCAAGGAGAUAUUGUGUCUGAAUGGAUGGAUCGGAUUAAUGUGUGAGGAUGAAGAUUUUCAAAAGAAGACCGUGAAGUAUUUUGACGAAUCUGAGUGUGAUGAUGAAACUAUGUCGAUUGAGCGUUUGAUGGGUAGAAUAAAAUAUUUACAAUUCUCGAAGUCAUUCUCGUCUGCCUUGGAUGUGGUGAACAUUUUAGUAGUAAAAUUUCCGUGUUAUGUCCCUGGUUUAAUUGAAAAGAUGAGGAUUCAACUUGCACUUCAAGACUGGGAAUCAGCUUCAGACACUGCUACAAGAUGUCUGUCAAUCGACCCUACGUGUAUAGAGGCUUUAAAGUUUCAAAUUUUGUACUUUCUGUGUUACGAAGGGAAUACUAGUGCAGCACUGAAAAAGCUGGAGGAGCUUAAAAAUGUACUUGAAAUAUCGGAACCAAAGACAUCAAAUCAGUAUUCAUCGAUUUCUAAACUGAUAUCCCUAAUCUGUGGUCGUGAGCCUACAAUACUGCAGAAGGUUCAAGAACUAUGCGAGAAAGCAGUUGAACUUACUCCUAGAAACUAUCAUUACUUGAUUAACUUGGGCCAUAUUGUUCUCAUGCAGGGUAAACUUAAAGAGUCAGUCCAACAUUUCCGGAACGCGAUAAAUUUAUGCGAAACAAGCUUUGAUGGUCUAAAAGCUGUUGUUCAGUGCCAACUUCUUCAAAACAACCUACAAGAGGCCUCAACACAAUUGGAGUUUUUGAGCGAGCUACAACCGACUAUUGGAAAAUCUUCAGAAGUGAGCUACAUGGUCUCAGUACUCAGACGCAGACAAGGUUUAUCACCAUCGCAAAUACUAACGCCGUUGAAUGAAGCUAUGGAAUUGCAGCUUCAUAAACUUCGGAAUGUCAGUUUGAGCCUUGAAUAUUAUGAACUGUUAAAUCCAGACUUUCUCCUGCAAAUUAUCAGUGAGUAUUUAAUUCAUGCACCACCUCAACCUUCAAAUAUUGGCAGUACAUCUAGAAUAUUUAACGAUAUGGCAUAUAUAAAUGACCAAUAUGAUUCAGUUCUUAUGCGAUGUUUACGUAUUUUAGAACCAUUGACACUUUCAGCCCCAGGUUUUCAAAAGGGAAUAUAUCUUACAGCAUAUGUUCAUUAUAUGUUAAGAAAUACUACAAUUGCAAUAUCUAAUGUGAAAAAAUGUUUAGAAGUAAAUCCAUCUUUUCUUGAUGGUUAUAUUUUAUUGGCAAAAAUCCAUCUUUAUAUGUCAAAUUUGAAAGCUGCUGAACAAACCUUGGAAACUGGUGUUGGAAAUAAUUUCGAAAUACGCAAUCAUCCAUUAUAUCAACUUGUACGAGCACGUAUAAUGAGUGAACAAGGUUCAGCUAAAAUAUCAGUACAAAUAUUAAAACAAGCAAUUGCAAAUCUUUCAAAUUAUUCUCAAUCAAUAAAAUCUAAUUGUUUUAAUUAUUCAUUUAAUGAUAUAAUGCCAUCGGACAAACUUUCACUAUACAUUGAACUUGCUGACGCACACAGAACUUUAGGAGAACAACAUGAAGCUACAAAAGUUUUGCAAGAUGCUUAUUUAACAUUUGCUGGCACUGUGGACGUUGCACAAGUUACAAUAGCUAUGGCUAACUUAGCUCUGUCACAAAAUGACCACGAGACAGCUCUGAAUACUUUGAGACAAAUUCAAGCUGACCAUCCAUACUAUAUAACUGCACGACAACAUAUGGCCAAUAUUUAUUUAUAUCAUAGAAAAGAGAAGAAAUUAUAUACUGCUUGUUACAGAGAAUUAGCUGAAAAAUUAGAAACAACUGAAGCUUAUUUUCUAUUAGCUGAAGCCUAUAUGACUAUUCAAGAACCUGAAAAUGCAAUUAAAAUUUAUGAAUCCAUUCUACGUAAAAAUCCUAAUGAUUUACGUUUAGCCAGUAAAAUUGGUCAUGCAUUUAUAAAAUUACAUCAUUAUGCUAAAGCUAUAUCUUAUUAUGAGACUGCAGUGAAAACAGGUCAAAAUGGUUUGAGAUUAGAUUUAGCUGAUUUACUUAUCAAUAUGAAACAAUAUAAAAAAGCUAAACGUUUACUUCAUUCUAUGUUAACUAAUGAAAUUAUGGAGUCUGCCUCUGAUAUAAAUGAAUUACAAGAACUAUGUCAUGCAUUAAAAUUAUUAAUCAAACUACAAACAAUUGAAGAUGAUAAACUUCAUGAACGAAUUAAUUCUUUGAAUAGUCUAAAAUCAAUUCAAACAAGACUACUUAAACGUAUACAAACUAGUGAGGUUGAAGAUGUGGUGAAUGAGCAAAAAAUUAAUUUGUCAGAGAUUCUACUACAAUUAGCAUCAGUAUAUUUCUUAGAUAUUCAAUCUCAAUACGGUGAUUAUUUCAAUCCAAAUCGUUUUAAAGAUGAUCACAUUCAAACAAUGAUUGGUUCCAAUAAGAAUACAUCAAACACUAAUUCAUCACAAUAUUUAACUAUCAUUAUAAAUCUUUGUGAAGAUGCUAUUAAACAUGUAUCCACUAUUAUUGAUCUAAAACUAUCACCAUCUAUUCAACAAGGAAGUGAAUCAAAUUUAAAUGUUACUAAUUCAUUAAAUGAAAUUCAAUUAAAUCAUAUAAAACUAUCAGUUAUAAAUAUUCAAGCUAAAUCUAUUGUUCAAUUAAUCAAUUUAUAUAUGUAUACAAUGGAUUAUGUAAAUUGUGAACAAGAAAUAUUAAAAUUAUCACAGUUACAGGAAAUCAUUGAAACGAUUUUUAUUCAUAAAAAUAUGAAAAAUGUCAAUAAGAAUUUGAAUUUCGUCAAAAUUACUUCUAAAUCAUUAAAAGAAAAAGAAGAAGAACAAAAAGAUCAACAACAACAACAACAAAAUAAUCAAAAAAUUCUUCUAUCUAAUUAUAUGCCUAAUAUACCUUUGUCUGAAAUAUUUAUGUCUAGAUUAAUGAUAAUGAAAGGAGAUUUUGAAAUAGCAAAUAAACAUUUAGAAUAUGUAUUACAUAGAAAUCCAUGUCAUUAUGAAGCUCUUUCAAGUUUGAUUGAUACUUAUAGGAGAUGUGGUUUAUUGUCACGUAUUCCAGAAUAUUUACAAAAAGCUAAAUCAUAUGAUUCUCAACCUGAAGUUUCAUGUGGUCUGAACUACUGUUAUGGAAUUUAUCAUUUUUACACAAGUGAGUUAUCUGUUGCUUUGAGUUAUUUCAAUCGAUGCCGAAAAGAUCCUGAAUACUCAGAAAUGGCGAUAUACCGAAUGGUUGAAAUAUGCAUUAAUCCAGAUAAUCAAUUAUUAGGUACCGAACCUUUUUCACAAUCUAAUACUAACGAUAAUAAAAAUUCAAAUAAUACGAAUGAUUUAAACUAUGGUGAUGAGUUAACAAGAAACUACAAUAUUGGUUGUGAAACAGCUGAACAAUUAUUAAAGGAACUGAAAGUGAUUAAAUUUAAGAGACGAUAUCGUUUUAUUUCAACAUUACUACUAUCAACAACAAAAACGAAAGCACAUUUAGAAUCUGCUUUAGAAACAUUUGCUGAAAUGUCACAUAAAGAUCCAGAUAGUGUAGCACCUAUUUAUGGUGCAGCUGUUUGUUAUAUACAAUUAAAACAAAGUCAGAAAGCCAGAAAUCAAUUGAAGCGAUUAGCAAAAGUAUCUUGGAAUUUUCAAGAUGCUGAAGAAUUAGAGAAAUCAUGGUUACUUUUGGUUGAUAUGUAUAUACAAAGUGGUAAACUUGAAGUUUGCCAGGAGCUAUUAAAAAAAUGUCUCAAGUAUAAUAAGUCAAGCUAUAAAGCUUAUGAAUAUUUCGGUUUAAUUAUGGAAAAAGAACAAAAUUUCUCUGAAGCUGCAAAAUAUUAUGAAUAUGUUUGGAACAAUUCAAAUCAUCAAAGCCCUGUAAUUGGUUAUAAACUGGCAUACAAUUAUUUAAAAAGUAAAAAUUAUUUAGGAGCAAUUGAAGUUUCCCUACAAGUUUUAUCCAUUUAUCCAAAUUAUCCAAAAAUUCAAAAAGAUAUCUUGGAUAAAGCAAGACUUAAUUUACGUGUUUAAAUACUGUGUAAAAAUGUUUCGUAAACAUGAAUCUUCUGUGAAUACAUAAACUUAUGAAUUAAAUGUUCUUAUUAAAUUUAUCAAACGGAUUAAUUUCUUGUUUUCUUACGUACUUACGCUUGUUACUCCCAAUGGAACAUAGGCCACCGACCAACAUUCUCCAACGCAAUCUGUCAUGGGCCUUCCGUUCUAGUUUUAUCCAAUUUUUGUUCAUUUUUCUCAAGUCUGUUUCCCUUUCUCGGCGUAAUGUGUUCUCUGGUCUUCCUCUUUUCCUUUGGCCUUCAAGAUUCCAUGUGAGGACUUGUCUUGUGACGCAGUUGGGUGCUUAUUGCUUGUUUUCAGUAAACUAUUAAUUUUAAUGACUUACUCGACUUUCUGAGUAGUGCAUCUUGUAAUCAGAACAGUUGUAUCUUUUUAUUCAAUACUUAUAGAAAUGGAAAUUGAAAAAAAACGGUUCUGAUUCUGUGAUCUUUUCUUCUUAGUAGUGAUAUCUUUAAGUUAUCAUUCUAUAAUGUAUUGUGUCGUCAAACAUAUUGAUCACAGUGAAAUAGGUUGAAAAUGAUAAAUAACUAACACUUAAAGAUAAUGGUAAUAUUUGAUGCUCUUUUAUGCAUAAUUUUGGCUAAUUGUAUUAUGAUCAAUCAUUGUUGAAAAGUGAUAUGUGAUGAGAUAUCGUGAGAUUGAAUCUACCGAUUUGUUAUAUAAAACUAACAAUGUUAUUCAGUAGUAUCAAAUCUAUAAAUAUAUUGGUAACAAGCUAAUGAAAAACAUUUAAUUGACGUCAAACAAUAUCCAUAAGCCAUAAAAUAAAAUAAAACAGAUUUUAAAUACUUUUUGGCUUAAAACACCUCUGUCUAGGAGAUGAUAGUUUAUGGCAAAAGCUACCUACACAGUUUACAAAUGAGUUUUCAAUUGCAGGUAGUUGGAAUGGAUUAGAUGAAAAUUGUAGGAUAUUAAAUUGGUAAUAACAUACAACCAUAAAUUAUCUUAUAAACCCUCAAUUUAUCUUAACCUCAACUGUGUCAAAUAUAACUUGGAGUAAUUCGGAUAAAUAAACUAACAGCUUGCAAAUCACUUUGUUUUACUUCUGUUUAAACAAUAGUUAAUAGUACUUCAGUGGACGAAUUUAAAUUCAAUACUAUAAGAUUGCCUACGUUUGUAUACCGGAUCAGCAAACCUCUUUCGAGUAAUUAGGUUUGACAAACAGUUCAGAAACAUCGACUUAAAACACAAAAAAUGGUUAUAAAUAGUUCACUCUUACAUCAGCUGAACACUCAAUUUUAAUUAUUUUCUUACUGUUUACUUCUUUGUCUUGAAAUAAUCGUGUUGACUAUGCUCAAAUAUGUUUGUUAGUCGGAGUGACUCAACAUCUCGGUUUGUUAAAAUAGUCAACAGGAAACUUUAGACCUAGAUUUCAUUUAGGCCAAUAAAUCGAUCAAGGUGUAUCUGCAGUCUUGAAGGAACAAAUGUUCUUUGUGGUAUUUAUGCCUACGUCAACCAUAGUCCAUGUUUUUCUACUAACUAACUCCAAAUUUCUGAUAUCCCAACACAGUUCACGCUUCACUGAGACUAAUGGCCACAUUAAGACUUGUCCAAUAGAAUUUAAUCUGCACUCUCUGAGAUUUUAACCAAUGCCGCUGUUUUGUUAUAAUCGAUGUGUAUGAAAUAAAUAAAGUUACAUAAUUUUCUGACUUGAAUUUUUCUUUUAACAGUAAAAAACGUUUUCAAAAAGAGUCAUAUCAGUAACGCACCAUGUCUUAAUUUUUUA